GCGGCGCUGCGGCCGGGAGGGAGCGCGGCAGGAGCGGCGCGGCUGGCAGGGAUCCUCCGGAGAGAAGAACCGGCUCUGCAGUCGCGAUCUUGCGCCGACGCCCGGGACCCGGCGGACGGCGUCGCAGAUUUCUGACUGGCAGAUAUAAUAAAGGCAAGAGGGACUAAUUGGUCUACGUUCUGAGUACUGUCCUUGGUAAGACCCGUGUAACAGACCCUAAGCCCAAGUGCACCGUGCUACCACCCCAGACAUUAUUCUGGGGUCCGCCUGAGGUCAGCAGUCUGAAGAUGACCAGUGCCUUUCUAGCAUGACGACCUUGGACCAUGUGAUCGCUAGCCACCAGUCAGAGUGGGUGUCCUUCAAUGAAGAGCCACUCUUUCCUGUCCCUUCUGAGGGGGGCACCGAAGAGCACCUCCCAGUACUGUCGUCGUCCUCAGACCGGUCCGAGAGCUCCUCUGGGGAGAAUCACAUGGUGGAUGGAGGCUCUCAGGACCUUUCCCACUCAGAGCAGGAUGACUCCUCUGAAAAGAUGGGCCUCAUCUCUGAAGCGGCCACCCCUCCUGGGAGCCCUGAACAGCCCCCACCUGACCUGGCCUCAGCCAUCAGCAACUGGGUUCAAUUUGAAGAUGACACACCCUGGGCCAGCAUGUCACCACCUCCUAAAGAAACAGCCUCAUCACUGACCAUGCCCUGCUGGACAUGCCCUUCGUUUGACUCCCUGGGGAGAUGCCCUCUGACCUCUGAGAGCAGCUGGACCACCCAUUCUGAAGACACCAGCAGUCCUAGUUUGGGCCCUUCAUACACAGACCUGCAGCUCAUCCAUGCUGAGGAGCAGAUGAGUGGCAGGGCUUCUGGGGCUGACUCGACUGAUAAUUCUUCCUCGCCCCAGGAGGAUGAAGAGAUAGAGAUGGAGGCCAUCAGCUGGCAGGCCAGCAGUCCUGCCAUGAAUGGGCACCCUGCCCCUCCAGUGACCUCUGCUCGUUUCCCCAGCUGGGUCACUUUUGAUGACAAUGAAGUCAGUGGCCCUUUGCCACCAAUCACUUCUCCUCUGAAGCCAAAUACACCACCUAUUGCAUCUGUGACACCAGAGGCACCUUAUAACUCAACUGGGUCAUUUAAGAAGAGGGACCGUCCCAGGAGCACUUUGAUGAACUUCUCCAAAGUUCAGAAGCUGGACAUUUCCUCCUUAAACCGUCCACCUUCUGUAACCGAGGCUCCACCUUGGAGGGCAACCAAUCCUUUCCUGAAUGAGACUCUACAAGAUGUACAGCCCUCCCCUAUCAACCCUUUCAGUGCUUUCUUUGAGGAGCAAGAGAGGCGUUCCCAAAACAGUUCCAUUUCCAGUACCACAGGCAAAAGCCAAAGAGAUUCCCUCAUUGUCAUUUACCAGGAUGCCAUCAGUUUUGAUGAUUCAAGCAAAAACCAGUCACACUCUGAUGCUGUUGAAAAACUCAAACAACUCCAAAUUGAUGAUCCUGAUCACUUUGGCAGUGCCAUACUACCCGAUGAUGACCCAAUAGCCUGGAUGGAACUAGAUGCUCACCUGCCUGGGUCAGCACCGUCCCCACCCAGGGAUGGGUGGCCAAUGAUGCUGAGGAUCCCAGAGAAGAAAAACAUCAUGUCCUCUAGGCACUGGGGACCAAUCUACAUCAAACUGACAGACAGUGGUUACCUGCAGCUGUAUUAUGAGCAGGGCCUAGAAAAACCAUUCCGUGAGUUCAAGCUGGAAAUCUGCCAUGAGAUUUCAGAACCCCGACUCCAAAACUACGAUGAGAAUGGCAGGAUCCACAGCUUGCGGAUAGACCGUGUCACCUACAAGGAGAAGAAGAAAUACCAGCCCAAACUUGCUGUGACUCACACAGCAGAGAGGGAACAAGUGAUUAAGCUGGGCACCACCAAUUAUGAUGAUUUCCUCAGCUUCAUCCGUGCAGUUCAAGACCAUCUCAUGUAUCUGCCAGUGUCAUCAAUGGACUUGAGCACAGUUGGCUUGAACUACCUUGAAGAGGAGAUUACGGUGGAUGUCAGAGAUGAAUUCUCUGGCAUUCUGAGCAAAGGAGACAACCAAAUUCUCCAGCACCAUGUCUUGACACGGAUCCACAUCCUGAGUUUCCUCUCUGGGCUAGCAGAGUGCCGCUUGGGCCUCAAUGAUGUCCUCGUCAAAGGGAACGAAGUAGUUUCACGGCAGGACAUCAUGCCCACCACCACCACAAAGUGGAUCAGGCUCCACGAGUGCCAUUUUCAUGGGUGUGUGGAUGAGGAGGUGUUCAGCAGCUCCCGGGUUAUUCUGUUCAACCCUUUGGAUGCAUGCCGGUUUGAGCUCAUGCGGUUCAGGACAGUGUUUGCUGAGAAGACCUUGCCUUUCACGCUCAGGACAGCAGCAAGCAUCAACGGAGCCGAGGUGGAGGUGCAGAGCUGGCUGAGGAUGUCAACAGGCUUCUCCUCUAACCGUGACCCCCUCACUCAGGUUCCCUGUGAGAAUGUGAUGGUCCGUUACCCUGUGCCCAGUGAGUGGGUGAAAAACUUCCGCAGGGAAAGUGUCCUGGGGGAAAAGUCUUUGAAAGCCAAAGUGAACCGGGGGGCAAGCUUUGGGUCAACUAGUGUCUCUGGCUCUGAGCCUGUCAUGAGAGUAACUCUGGGAACUGCCAAGUAUGAGCAUGCCUUCAACUCCAUCGUGUGGAGGAUAAACCGACUGCCCGACAAAAACUCAGCUUCUGGUCACCCACACUGUUUCUUCUGCCACCUUGAACUUGGCUCUGACCGGGAAGUGCCUUCCAGAUUUGCCAAUCACGUGAAUGUCGAGUUCAGCAUGCCCACAACUUCUGCCUCCAAAGCCGCUGUACGAUCCAUCUCUGUGGAAGACAAGACUGAUGUCAGGAAGUGGGUCAAUUAUUCUGCACACUACAGCUACCAGGUGGAAAUUGAGCAAAAAAAGAGUUUGAAGCCAGACUUUGAAGGAGAUGAAAUGGAAAAUCCUAAGGAGUGUGGAGUACAGUGACAAAGCUCUACAGCAAGGGACCCAAGAGUCAUGUUAGGGUGUCUUUCUGAAUAGCUGAAGUUCAAGUCGAUACCUGCUGUGGUCACUCCAUGUUGGGAACAGUGUAUCAGACCUUCCUGUUUGCAGUUACCUGUAUUUUAACAGGAACCCCUGAGGUGGUUGCUUUGAAGAGGCUCCUUGGCUGUGAUCAUGCCUGAAGCAUGUGGUUCGCCUGACUUUUGGAACUUAUUGUAUAAUUAAGCCUCCUUGUCUCGUCUCUGCUUAUUUCACAGCACUGGUAUGUGGUUUGUUGUGACAAGAAAAGAACCUCCCACAUCAGUGCUGGUACAAUUUUCUUCUGAUGUUCAUCUGUCACUCACAUGAGUUUCUGAUAAAGGCAGUCUUGAGAAGGUAAUUAAGAAAUCACUUCUGUCACUCCCUCUGGAAAAGGUUCAGAAAAGGUGCAAAACAAAUUUCCUUUUGGGGUCUACUAGACCUUUUAUACAUAACUCCAUUCUUUAAAUAUUAACACUAUGCAACAGAAGUUUUUGAGAUGUUUCCCUCCUGGUUCUAGAUUGCUUAGGGUGAAACAUUUUUUCCAUUUCUCUAAGGUUUCAGUUGCAGGAUUUACUACUAUCCUGAGUUACAAAAGACAAUGGAAAAAGGCACAAGAUUCUUUUUUAUUCUGUGCUUGGACCUACAUUCUGCAAAAGAGUGGCUAUUGAAGGGAAAGUAAAAUUGAAUUUGUUUUUCUUCAUUCUGGGGAAAAGAGACAUUAAAUGUAAGAUUAUAUUCAGUUUGGGAGAAAGCUUCAAUCACAGUGAAUUCCCAAAUUCACACUGAAAAAUACAGGCCAUUUCUGAUUCCUGAAGCAAAUAGAUAUAUAUAUAUACACAUAUAUAUCCUAUAUCUCAGGCACUUGUCAGGGGCAUUUGGGAGCUCUUUUUAUACCUCAUAGCUAAUAGACAGUUUCAUGUCUCUUUAUCUCAAACUUUAUAGUAAAUUUAAGCUGAAGAGAUCAUUUUAAAAGCUGUUUUAAAACUGAGCUAGCAUGUGCUUUUCCCUAAAAUUCAGAGUUUGAUAAUCACGUAUUGUAAUAGAUCGAAAGGCAGAAGACUCCUCUAGAUAUGGGGGAAAGCCAUAUUUUUCUAAUGUUAGGAACAUUGAAUCCUGAUUCCAAAGAGUCAAGACACUCAAUAUUCUUUUCUUUAUCCAUUCCCUAUUUGUACCCUGGUGUUUUCUCCUAUGAAGAACAGAGUGAGGGGACAGAAAGCACACUUUUCCAGAUUUGUAGGUGAUGUAGAAAUAGACAAUAUCUCCAGUUUUUGGCUGAGAGAUUCAAGAUCAAUAUAUUCAAUGAACAUUCAUUGAAUUCUAACUAUGUACUGAAACUAGGAUAUCGAAAUCAUUAGGAUAUUUUAAAAUAUCUGAACAAAGGACUGAAACAAAAAGGAUGAAACUGAAUAGGUAUUAAUAAGAAACCCUAUAUUCUGGGUUUUUAAAAUGCAAACCUGUAGGUAUAUAGAGUGGAGCGUGCAUAUGUGUGUGUUUGUGGAUGUGUGUGUUUACAUGUAUGUGUUGAUAGGAAAGGUGGCGGGAAGACACCAUUUCACAGCAGUUCAUGUAGAACUGUUUUAGGGAAAUGGGAGUUCAGUUUUGAAUCAGGAGUAUAUUAUGGCUAUUCACAAAGCUAAUGCAUUCAACUCACAUUAGUAGAAGUUCAGUGAGCCCUACAUGCUCUGUUCGUCAGUUAAUAUCUGGAUGGAGGGUUGGGUUCAAUUAUGGGUACCAUAUUUUAAGAGAGACAUUAAUAAAUUGAUUGUGUCCACAGGCAGGUAACCAGGGUUGUGAAGGGUCUGAUUAUAUAAGGAACAGGGGAAGGGAGUGCAGAGAAGGAGGUUAUAAUAUACUAGCUGCCUUGAAAUUUCUGUUGAGCUAUAAAGAGAGGAAUUGGAUUUAUUCUGUGUAGCUUCCGAGGGCAAAAAUUAGGAACAAAGAGCAACUUUUCAGAUGGCAGUUUGAAUUUUCUUAUAAGAGUUGUUCUAAAGAGGAAUGAACUCAAGUAGUAAAAUUUCCUGUUGCUGCAAAUACCCAAAGGUUAAAAUAACCAUUUAUCCCAGGUGCUAUGAAAAGGACUCUUACAUCAGAUUGGGCUAGAUGACUACUGAGAUCCUUUCUAAAUAUACGUUUAGUCUCAAUAGUAAUAGGACUCUCUUAACUCCAGUUGUCUUUUCCUUCCUAAGUGGUUUUUCAUGCUCCUUGAAAUACAGCGCAGUCCCCUAAAGUCUUUGUCAAGGGAUUCCACAGCAUAUCUCUUCCUGUUUUACUAAAGGCAUCUGAGAUUCCUCAUAGAACAUCCGGAUGGGUUGGAGAGUUGGCAAGGUGAAUGAAGGUUAUGCCAGCACCUUCCUUACUCACCCAUACUUAGCACCCUGUUGAGAUCUCUACUUCACCUUGCUAGCAUCACAUUUGUGUUGCUGGUUGGAUCUUAUUUUCCCCACCUUGGUUAAUUCUCACUGCCUUUGUGCUUUUAUCUGGACUUUUUUUUUUUUUAAACCAAGAGUUGGGAAUUUUCUUCUCCGCUAUCUACAUUCAGCGAGCAAAUUUAUUAAUUUUUAAAAACCUACAUCUUGAUUUUAUCAAAUUUAUUUUCCUACUACUGUAAGCUGAUUAUGAGUAGCAUUUAGGGGUUUGGGAAUAUAAAACUAUGUAUUUUUAGACCUAGUGUUUCAGUAAUAACCUACAUAGAAAAACACAGUUGGGUAAAUUGCCUUUUUGAUGUGUAGAGUCUACGUUUGCCACUCUGAAACUGGAUUUAUUUUUUUUGUGUGUGUGGUUACGAGUAGUCCCUGUCUAUGUAAUCAAUAAUGUGAAAAUAUUAAAAGUGAAUUCAUUUUACCAACACAUGGUAUUACUAGGAGAACACAAAUUAGAUGUCACAUGAUAUCAAGAGCCUGCAUUAUUGGCAGGGCUCAUGAUCCUUGAGAAAAUUUUUUCAUUUAAAAUAUUUCUUAUUUGAAAUGAGAGUAAUUUCUAUUCACAUGUGAUCCAGGAAGGCAAGGAACCUAUUUUAUUUCAGUAUGUAGAACAACGUUUGGAAUAUGAUAGUGUUCAGCCACCUUGCUGGUAAGGCAAACAUAUAUUCAUGAAAUAAAGGAAAAUUAUUAGGUAUUCAAUAAA